GUACCUUCGGGACUUGUGUCUUUCGCGAGUUUUUCGCAAAUGAUUGUCUUUUAUGUAUAUAAACACUUAAAACUUGUAAAAAUUAAUUUAAGGUGCAAGAUCUCAUGGAAAUUAUAGACGAGUAUUUUUAAAACAAUAUAUUCACAUCAAAAUUCGGCUGUAGCUGUGAACUGAUUGGCAACUUUACAGUGAAAUCAGAAGAUUGCUGCACUCCUCGAAAAAGGAUUUCAUCUCUUCAAGUUUCAUGACACGUCUGCUCAGAUAUCCCUUCACUGGUUCGUCACUUUUGCAACCGCCGUGCAUUCCGUUUGUUGUUGUUCGAUCCAAGCAGCAACAGCGUGGGGCGUUCCAGCGUAUGUCCCGCUCGAGCACAUCACUGAAUCAGUCUUGCCUGGAAUCACCGGUAGCGAACAGUCCGGUUGGCAAAAUUUUUCAACGUUACGCCCGACAGAAAAGAAUGUCCGAAACGUGUCGCAAGUGGGUGAAACUUCAGUCGGCUCCUCGUCGCAGCCCGGAGGAUUUUCAGUUUACCCUUAUGUGCUACAACAUAUUGGCCCAGGAGCUGCUGGAAAUGCACGAGGAUUUGUAUGACCGGCACGACCAGGUGACGCUUUCGUGGCCCCACCGGUACGAUCGAUUGCUUUCCGAGAUCAACAUGGUCCGACCGGAUAUUCUUUGCCUGCAGGAACUGCAAGACAACCAUAAAGAUCAGUUUAGCAGUGGAUUGGCAAACUUUAAGUACGAAAUGAUCUUUAAGAAGCGAACUGGCGACAAGACAGACGGGUGCGCGAUCUACUAUCGGCGGGAUUUGUUUGAGCUGAUGGACUAUCACGACGUCGAGUACUAUCAGCCUGGCGUUAAGAGAUUAAACCGCGAAAAUGUGGCCAUCAUAGCGAAAUUUCGCGUGAAAUCAAACCCAAAUCAAUGCCUAGUGGUGGCGACCACACACCUUCUGUACAAUCCCCGCCGACAGGAUAUUCGAUUGGCGCAGGUGCAGGUGCUAUUGGCCGAAUUGGAUCGGUUAGCCUUUCUUGGUCGAAUGGAGAAUGGAACGCCCAAGUAUGCGUCAGUUAUACUGUGCGGGGAUUUCAAUCUUCAGCCGUACACCGCGCCAUAUGUGCUUCUAACGACGGGAUUCCUACAAUAUGAACAUCUUUCAUCCAAUACAUUGGAACCGAUUUCUUGUGGAUCGGCCUUUGGAAAGAAGCUGCUUCCACAGAGACUGGGCAUUACAGACGACUGUCGACACGAAAGUCACUUGGACAGAAUGGAACAGGAUGAGGCGAAAAAUACUCGGUUGCAUCAUUCCAGCAAAGGAACCGUGGCACAAACGCCGAGUCCCGACGGAGAACAGAACAACCAGUUCUUCAGUCAGGGCGCUCUGAAACAUCGGUUCAAGUUUACCUCCGCCUACAGACACAACAUCGGCAAGGAAAACCAAGAAGCGAGCACCUUUCAGGGACAGUGGAUCACGGUAGACUAUUUGUUCUACACCAAGUUCCAGAAUACGAAUGAGAAGCAGUUCACCGAAAGUAACCUCAAUCUGGUUGCAACUUACGCACUGCCAACGGUGAAGCAGGCUCGUGAGAUCUACUCAAUCCCCAAUAUGUAUUUUGGUUCUGACCACUUCGGACUCGCUGGACGAUUUCUACUCAAAGCUCAUACGGAACCGAAGCUGUAGCAAGAGAAUCGAGCGAUGUUGGAGAAUAGUGAGUGGAGGUGUUUGAUAAAAUUGGUAUGUUUUUACUUUGUUAUUUGUAUACAGACGUGUUUUUAUCGCAACGGA